UUGUUCUAGGGGCUGGUCGUAGAGGUCCGGUGCGUCACGUUUAUUUGGGCCUUCUGCAUCCCACUGGCAGGGAAGCGCCCGAUUUUUCCCCCUCCCUGCCUUAAAACGUCCUGUAUAUAUUUAUUCCAAGCGUGGAUCUUCGGAAAAACAAGGUAUCGAAGGAAAAACGCGACGCAAAGUAUGCAUUUGGAGACUACUCUUUGCCGUUUACUGGAGGAAAUUUCAGACACCUCCCCUUGGAUUGGUAUUUAAUGUCCCAAAGUGCUGAUCCCUGAAAGCUGAAUUUAUACAUGUACAGUGGAAGAAUGACAGAAGCAUGGCAACAGCAACAUGCAGUGGCCCCUCCUCCUGUUGGGCACCCCCUUUUACAAGGGGCAGAGAAUGCUUUGGGCAGUGCUGCAUAUGGUAUUGUCCUACAGACAGACCCUGCUUUACAGCAGCCUCAGCUCAGCCAGCAUGCACAGCAGCACCCGUUGCCAGCUCAGCAGCCUCAGCUGCAGGUGGGAGGUGAAGGUGGCCACAAAUGCGGUGCGUGUGGCCAUGAUAUUUCGCACCUGGCCAAUCCACAUGAGCACCAGUGCAUGGUCAAUCAGGACCGUUCCUUCCAGUGCACCCAGUGCAUGAAGAUCUUCAACCAAGCAACGGAUCUUCUAGAGCAUCAGUGUGUCCAGGUUGAGCAGAAGCCAUUUGUGUGUGGUGUAUGCAAAAUGGGAUUCUCCCUUCUUACGUCUUUGGCACAACAUCAUAAUGAGCACACCACUGGAAACAAUCCAAUGAAGUGCUCUAUUUGUGAAAAAACAUACCGCCCAGACUCCUCUUCUAACCCUCAGCAGCCCUCUACUGCUGAGACGUCCAGUGAUGGGGCAGCCAUGGGUUCUUCUUCCACUACAGCUUUCCAGGACUCUGACCGUCCAUAUAAGUGCUCGGUGUGCAAUAAGGCAUUUCGCCACCUUUCUGAACUCUCACGUCAUGAAAGAGUGCACACGGGUGAGAAACCCUACAAGUGCGACACUUGUGAGAAGAGUUUUAGUCAAGCUUCUCAUCUGGCGCACCACCAGCGCACUCACAGUGCUGAUCGCCCGUAUAAAUGUGCCGUUUGCGAGAAGACCUUCAAGCACAGGCAGCACCUGGUACGGCACAUGUACGCUCACUCUGGCGAGCACCUUUUCAAGUGUAACCUGUGCGAGCUUCAUUUCAAGGAGUCGUCCGAACUGCUGCACCACCAGUGCCAGCCAGCUGGAGAGCGUCCCUUCCGCUGCACAGCAUGCGGGAAAAGCUUCAAGCGGCCCUCGGACCUAAGGCAGCACGAGCGCACCCACUCCGAAGAACGGCCUUUCCAGUGUGAGGAGUGUCAGAUGAGCUUUAAGCAGCAGUACGCACUUGUUCGCCACCGCCGUACGCACAAAAACCCAGCAGAUCGCCCUUUCAAGUGCAAUCAGUGUGACAAAGGUUUCCUGCAGCCUUCCCACCUGCUGUACCACCAGCAUGUCCACGGCAUCGAGAGUCUGUUCAAAUGUGCCGCUUGUCAAAAGGGCUUCAGACAAUCCGGGGAACUUCUAAGGCACAAAUGUACAGAAUCGAACUCCGGAUCGAAUGCUGUGGAGAAGCCGUACAAGUGCGACGUGUGUGGGAAGGGCUACAAAAAGUCGUCAACGUUACAAAGGCACCAGAACUCCCAUUGCACCGAAAAGCCGCUGAAGUGCUCGCUCUGCGGCCGCCGCUUCCAGUCCUCGUCUGAUUUUGUGCAGCACCGAUGCGACCCUGCUCGGGAGAAGCCGAUGAAAUGCGCGGACUGCGAGAGGCGAUUUAAAUACUCAUCCGAGUUGCAGAGACAUCGAAGAGUCCAUACAGGAGAGAAACCCUUCAAAUGUCCCACCUGUGACAAGGGAUUCAAACAGCGUGAACACUUAGCUAAACAUGGAAUUGUCCACUCCCGUGAAGCCCAGUUCAAGUGUGUCUGGUGUGGAGAGUGUUUUGGAGAGCUUGGGGCCCUUCAAGAACAUACGGUUCAACACACUGCAGAAGGAGGGGGCUAUCCUGCGUCCUCGUGCAUAGAGUAGUCACAGUCUUACCAAGCGAAAAUAUACUCUGCUUGCUUUAGCAACAUUGCAAUUUACUUGCAUAUAUUAAGUGAAAUUGUGCAUUUUAUACAUCCCACAAGCAUUGCAGUACUUGUUGGACUGGUAAGGAACUACAUAAAGUGUCUGCUUGUAAAAGUCUCAGUGUAUCUCUGGGUAGAUAUUGGCAACAUUGGGUUUACUCCACAGACAGAAACUUGCCUCAGUUCUGUACCAGACACACAGACGAACAUAACCACACGUAAAUGGUUGCUACUCAAAAAUAAGCUUGUAAAAAGGAAAAAUUUUGUUCCAUGUGCAACUCUGUAUGCUUAAGAUUGGUGUUUCCAACAAAGGAAAAGCUGAUCAGUUUUUAAAAGAACUAAAUAUUUAGUUUGA